CAACGGCCCGCACAGCACAGGCUCCACCCCACUCCCGAGGCGAGAGCGCCCCGGCUUGUCCCUCCCCCGGGCCCCGGCGGCAGCGGCGGCGGCGGCGGCGCGCAAAGACACUGGAGAGCAACCUCCUGGGACUGGGUGUGCGGGAGCUAGCCCGGGACUCCGAGCUCUCUGGCCUGCCUGCCCGCAUCAGGGAGAUUGUCACCUGUAAUCUCUCCCAGCCCGAGAGCCCAGUUUUUGCCUGGGGCUGUGUUUGAACCCACCACCUCCAGCAUAUGGGGCCUGCGCCGUACUCCGUUGAGCCACAGGCGCCGCCCGCACCUACACUUUCUUGAGCCCUGACUUUGACUGAGGCUUUCCUGCUUUUCUGGCAAGCCUCACUGCCGGCCACGGAGAUGGCAUCGCUGCUGUCACUGCAGGAGGAGAACCAGCUGCUGCAGCAGGAGCUGUCCCGCGUGGAGGACCUGCUGGCCCAGAGCCGCGCUGAGCGCGAUGAGCUCGCCAUUAAGUACAACGCGGUCAGCGAGAGGCUGGAGCAGGCUGUGCGGCUGGAGUCUGGGGAGCUGGAGAAGCAGGAGCCCAGGGGGCUGGUACGGCAGAGCGUGGAGCUGCGGAGGCAGCUGCAGGAGGAGCAGGCCUCCUACCGGCGCAAGCUGCAUGCCUACCAGGAGGGCCAGCAGCGGCAGGCCCAGCUAGUUCAGCGGCUGCAGGCCAAGAUUCUCCAAUACGGGAAGAGGUGCUCAGAGCUGGAGCAGCAGGUGCUGAAGAGAUCCACAGAGCUGGAACAGCAGCGACUGAGGGACACAGAGCACAGCCAAGACCUGGAGAGCGCCCUCCUUCGCCUGGAGGAGGAACAACAGAGGAGUGCCAGCCUGGCCCAGGUGAAUGCUAUGCUCCGAGAGCAGCUGGACCAGGCAGGCUCGGCCAACCAGGCUCUGAGCGAAGACAUACGAAAGGUGACCAGUGACUGGACACGCAGCCGCAAGGAACUGGAACAGCGGGAGGCAGCAUGGAGGCGAGAGGAGGAGUCCUUCAACGCCUACUGCAGCAAUGAGCAUGGCCGCCUGCUCCUCCUCUGGAGGCAGGUGGUGGGAGUCCGCCGUCUGCUCAGCGAGGUGAAGAUGUCCACUGAGAGGGACCUAUUGCAAAUGGGAGGGGAGCUGGCUCGAACAUCACGGGCUGUCCAGGAGGCGAGCUUGGGUCUGAGUGCUGGGCUACAGCUGGCAGAGAGCCGGGUUGAGGCAGCCCUGGAGAAGCAGGCGCUGCUGGAGGAGCAGCUGCGGGACAAGGUGCUCCGUGAGAAGGAUCUGGCCCAGCAGCAGGUGCAGAGUGACCUGGACAAGGCCGACCUCAGUGCCAAAGUGACAGAGCUGGCCCUGGCAGUGGAGCGUCUUCAGAACCAAAACUUGGAGAAGGAUCGAGUCAACAAGGCUGUCACUGAGAAGCUUAAGGCCCUGGAAUCCCUGCGGCUACAGGAGCAGGCUGCCCUGGAGUCGGAUGAGGGCGAGGGGCUACAGCAGACCCUGAGGGACCUGGCACAGGCUGUGUUGUCUGACACGGAGAGCGGUGUCCAGCUAAGCAGCUCUGAGCGCACUGCAGAUACCUCGGAUGGCAGCCUGAGGGGACUCUCAGGCACGCGGACCCCAUCCCCACCACGGCGCUCCUCCCCUCGCCGCGGCCCGUCUCCUGCCUUCUCCGACUCCUCCACGCUUGCCCUGAUCCAUUCCGCCCUGCAUAAGCGCCAGCUGCAGGUCCAGGACAUGCGUGGGCGCUAUGAGGCAAGCCAGAGCCUGCUGGGCACCCUACGGAAGCAGCUUAGUGACAGUGAGAGUGAGCGUCAUGCCCUUGAGGAACAGCUGCAGCGCCUGCGAGACAAGACUGAUGGGGCCACCCAGGCCCAUGAGGACGCCCAGCGCGAGGCCCAGCGUCUGCGCAGCGCCAAUGAGCUCCUGAGCAGGGAGAAGGGCAAUCUGGCCCACAGCCUGCAGGUGGCCCAGCAGCAGGCCGAGGAGUUACAGCAGGAGCAAGAGAAGCUGCAGGCUACCCAGGAGGAGCUGCGGCGCCAGCGGGACCGGCUGGAAGAGGAGCGGGAGGAUAUGGCGCAGGACAGUGCAUGGGCACACAGGGAGCUCGAGCGCAGCCAUAGGCAUCUGGAGCAGCUGGAAGUGAAGCGCUCAGGGCUGGCCAAGGAGCUGGUGGAGGUGAGGGAGGCACUGAGCCGAGCCACACUGCAGCGGGAUAUGCUACAGGCCGAGAAGGGUGAGGUGGCCGAGGCACUGACCAAGGCUGAGGCUGGCCGCGUGGAACUUGAGCUUUCACUGACCAAGCUGAGGGCAGAGGAGGCCUCUCUGCGUGACUCCUUGUCCAAGCUGAGCGCCCUUAAUGAGAGCCUCGCCCAGGACAAGCUGGGUCUGAACCACCUGGUCGCCCAGCUGGAGGAAGAAAAGGCAGCCCUACUGGGCCGGCAGUGGCAGGCAGAGCAGGAGGCCUCCUCUGCACGGGAGGAGCAGGAGCGGCUGGAGCAGUUGCGGCUGGAGCAGGAGGUGGCUCAGCAGGGUCUGGAGGGCUCCUUGCAUGUGGCAGAGCAGGCCCGGGAAGCCCUGGAACAGCAACUCCCCAUGCUGCGCCUUGAGCGCAGCCGGCUGCAGGAGCAGCUGACCCAGCUCUCCCGGCAGCUGAGCGGGCGGGAGCAGGAGCUGGAGCAGGCCCGGCGGGAGUCACACCGGCAGGCGGAAGCGCUGGAGCGAGCGGCCCGGGAGAAGGAGGCGCUGGCCAAGGAGCGGGCGGGUCUGGCUGUGCAGCUGGCAGCAGUGGAGCGUGAAGGCCGGACCCUGUCAGAGGAGGCCACUCGCCUGCGCUUGGAGAAGGAAGCCCUGGAGAGCAGCCUGUUUGAGGUGCAGCGGCAGCUGGCCCAGCUCGAAGCCCGCCGGGAACAGCUUGAAGCCGAUGGACAGGGCUUGCUGCUGGCCAAGGAGACCCUGACUGGGGAGCUGGCAGGCCUACGGCAGCAGAUAAUAACAACAGAAGAAAAAGCGGCUCUAGACAAAGAGCUGAUGGCACAGAAGCUGGUGCAGGCUGAGCGGGAGGCCCAGGCCUCUUUGCGGGAGCAGCGGGCAGCCCAUGAGGAAGACUUGAAGCGACUCCAGAGAGAGAAGGAAGCAGCAUGGCGGGAGCUGGAGGCCGAGCGGGCCCAGCUGCAGAGUCAGCUACAGCAGGAGCGGGAGGAGCUGCUGGCCCGGCUGGAGGCCGAGAAGGAAGAGCUGAGUGAGGAGAUUGCGGCCCUGCAGCAGGAGCGUGACGAGGGCCUCCUCCUGGCUGAGAGCGAGAAGCAGCAGGCCUUGUCUCUGAAGGAGUCUGAGAAGACAGCGCUGUCAGAGAAGCUGAUGGGUACACAGCACAGCCUGACUGCCAUUUCCCUGGAGAUGGAACGGCAGAAGCGAGAUGCUCAGAGCCGGCAGGAGCAGGACCGGAGCACUGUGAAUGCCCUGACAUCCGAGCUUCGGGACCUACGGGCCCAGCUGGAGGAGGCUGCUGCGGCCCAUGCCCAAGAGGUGAAGAGGCUGCAAGAGCAAGCCCGAGACCUGGGCAGGCAGCGGGAAUCCUGCCAGCGUGAGGCAGAAGAGCUUCGGGCCCAGCUGUGCCUCCUGGAGGAGGCCCGAGAUGGGCUCCGUCGGGAGCUGCUGGAGGCCCAGCGCAAGGUGCGCGAGAGCCAGGAGGGCCAUGACACUCAGCGCCAGGAGACCAGUGAGCUGCGGCGCAGCCUGAGUGAGGGUGCCAAGGAGCGUGAGGCCCUGCGGCGCUCCAACGAGGAGCUACGGGCUGCUGUGAAGAAGGCAGAGAGUGAACGCAUCAGCCUGAAGCUUGCCAACGAGGACAAGGAGCAGAAGCUGACACUCCUGGAAGAGGCACGGGCAGCGGUGGGCAAGGAGGCUGGGGAGCUGAGGGCUGGGCUGCAGGAGGUGGAGCGUUCACGGCUGGAGGCUCGGCGGGAGCUGCAGGAGCUCCGGCGGCAGAUGAAGGUGCUGGACAGUGAGAACACCAGGCUGGGCCGGGAGCUGGCAGAGCUGCAAGGCCGCCUGGCACUAGGUGAGCGGGCAGAGAAGGAGAGCCGGCGAGAGACCCUGAGCCUCCGGCAGAGGCUGUUGAAAGGCGAGGCCAGCCUGGAAGUGGCGCGACAGGAGCUGCAGGGAACCCAGCGGAAGCUGCUGGAGCAAGAAGGAGAGUUCCGGGCCCUCGAGCGCGGCCUGCUGGGCUCCCUGGAGGAGGCGCGCUGCUCUGAGAAGCAGCAGCUGGACCGAGCCCGCAGCCUGGAACUGAAACUGGAGGCAGUGCGGGCCGAGGCUGCUGAGCUGGGGCUGCAGCUGAGCGCGGCCCAGGGCCGGGCACAAGGUCUGGAGGCCGAGCUCGUCCGGGUAGAGGCUCAGCGGCGCGCGGCAGAAGCGCAGCUGGGCGGCCUGCGCUCUGCCCUACGCCGGGGCCUGGGCCUCGGUCGUGCGCCCAGCCCUGCCCCACGGCCCCGGCCCGGCUCCCCUGCCCGGGAUGCACCCGCUGGAGAAAGCGAGGAAGGCCGCAGCAGCCCCAGCCCCUUAGUGUACAGUCCAGGGGCCCAGCCAUCAUCACCAGGACCUGCCAUGUCCCCAGCUCCUCCAGACUUGGACCCGGAGGCAGUACGUGGGGCCCUCCGGGAAUUCCUGCAGGAGCUGCGUGGUGCCCAGAGAGAACGGGAUGAUCUUCGGGCCCAAACAAGUGCCUUGAGUCGCCAGCUGGCUGAGAUGGAGGCAGAGAGGGACAGCAUGACCUCACGGGCCAGGCAACUGCAGAAGGCCGUGGCUGAGAGUGAGGAAGCCCGGCGCAGUGUUGAUGGGCGGCUGAGCGGUGCCCAGGCAGAGCUAGCCCUGCAGGAGGAGAGUGUGAGGCGCAGUGAGCGGGAGCGUCGGGCAAUGCUGGACCAGGUGGCCACACUGGAGAGGACUCUGCAGGCCACGGAGAGUGAGCUUCGGGCCAGCCAGGAAAAGAUCAGUAAGAUGAAGGCCAAUGAGGUCAAGUUGGAGAGUGACAAGCGGCGCCUGAAGGAGGUGCUAGAUGCUUCUGAGAGCCGCACCAUCAAGCUCGAACUGCAGCGGCGCUCACUGGAGGGGGAGCUGCAGCGCAGCCGCCUAGGCCUGAGUGACCGUGAGGUCCAGGCCCAGGCACUCCAGGACCGGGUUGACUCCCUGCAGAGACAGGUAGCAGACAGUGAGGUAAAGGCGGGGACCCUGCAGCUGACAGUGGAUCGGCUGAGCGGAGCCCUGGCCAAAGUGGAAGAAAGCGAGGGUACUCUGCGGGACAAGGUGCAGGGCCUGACACAGGCUCUGGCCCAGAGCAACACCAGCCUCACCAGCACCCAGGACAAGAAUCUGCAUCUACAGAAGGCUUUGACUGCCUGUGAACACGACCGUCACGUGCUGCAGGAACGGCUGGAUGCUGCCCGGCAGGCGUUAUCUGAGGCCCGGAAACAGAGCAGCUCCGUGGGUGAGCAGGUGCAGGUGCUGCGGGGCGAGCUGGCAGACCUGGAGCUGCAGCGGACAGAGGCUGAGGGCCAGCUGCAGCAGCUGCGGGAGGUGCUGCGGCAGCAUCAAGAGUCCGAGACCAUGGCUCUGCACACAGUCCAGAAGCUGCAGGAUGAGCGGCGGUUGCUGCAGGAACGUCUGGGCAGCAUGCAGCGCGCUCUGGCUCAGCUGGAAGCUGAGAAGCGGGAAGUGGAGCGCUCAGCCCUACGGCUGGGGAAGGACCGCGUGGCCCUCAGGAGGACACUGGACAAGGUGGAGCGGGAGAAGCUUCGCAGCCAUGAAGACACCAUGCGUCUGAGUGCAGAGAAGGGCCGCCUGGACCGCACGCUGUCAGGGGCUGAGCAGGAGCUGGCUGAGGCCCAGAGGCAGAUCCAACAGCUGGAGGCCCAGGUAGUGGCUCUGGAGCAGAACCCCAGCCCAGGCCAGCUGGAGGUAGACGAGCAGCAGCGGCAGGAGCUACAGCAGGAGGUGGAGCGCUUGCGCAGCGCCCAGGUGCAGACUGAGCGCACCCUGGAGGCCCGGGAGCGGGCCCACCGCCAGAGGGUGCGUGGGCUGGAGGAGCAGGUGUCCACACUGAAAGGACAGUUGCAGCAGGAGCUUCGAAGGAGCUCAGCACCCUUCUCCCCACUCUCUGGCCCCCCAGAGAAAUGAGUCCCUUCCUGCUGGCAUCUGGAGAAUAACCCCAUGCCUGGAGCAGGGGAGGAGUGUUCUGUCCAGCACAGUCCACCUGGGGCCUGGCCAUCAGGGGUCUCAGAACUGGGAUGUGGGUGAGGAAGGGGACUCCAGCUCCAGACUAGGCCGAGCAGUGGCUUUCUGGCAUCUUCAGGGCCCCCCUCAAUCCAGCCCCCCUCUCCCUCCUGCACUCUAGAUUGUACAGGGUCCUCCCUGAGAGUGGCUGAGCCAAAGCCAGGGUUUGGGGAGAGCCUUUGUCUCUGUCUCUGGUGGGCCCUGGAGCAUGGGCCCAUGAGAAAAAGGAAGGGGCCCAGGUUAUCUUCACUCCCCAGAGAUCUCUCCACUUUAGCUCAGAGUGUUUAUUAGGAAAUUCUUCAAAGAACUCAGAGUCCCUGUAUUUUUAUACCUUUUUACAAUGUUAACUGUUCAGAAUUAUUGCGUUUUUUUGUAACAAGAAGACUCCAUUUUCUAA